ACUGUCAACACUGUCAAAAUUGAGAUUUAAAGGUUCAUAAACUGUGCUUUACACGAAAAAUGGCAUUUUUAUGAAUACAAGAAUGUUCACAACCAGACAUUAACUAUGAGAAUAAAUACUCAACAAUAUGUAAUUAAUUUUUAAAUACUACAUGCAGAUUAUUUAGCUGAAAGAAUGAACCCACUUGUACAUACAGCAUAGGAUAAACUAAUAUAAUGUCUGGAAAUGCAGCUAACCCCCCAGAGGGUGCAAACCCUGAAAAUAACCAUGUGGUAAAUGGUCCAAUAAUAAACACCAACUGGUUUCGCAACAACAACCAAAAUCCUCUUUUUAAUAUGAGAGAUAGACUAUUCCACACAUUGUUUUUCCAAGCAGCUGUUGCUUAUGCCAGGACAUUUCCUAGGCCUGUCAGGCGUUUUAUAGAGUUUGUUAUACUGAUGAAAGCAGUUUGUGCAUUUUUUGUGUUAGUGUAUAUUCAUAUUGCGUUUUCAAAGACUCCAACAACAUGUUUAAAACAUGUGCAAGAUUCGUGGCCUCGAGAUGGUGUGCUCAGAAUAGAAGUGGUCAGAACCUAUGGGAAGGAAUACACACUUGACAUGAGUUAUGCUAAAGAAGAAAGGUUGAGACAGCAGGAAAAAGUGGAAGACAUAGGCACAGUACUGACUAUGUUGGCUAGGGACAAUUUUGUCAGCAUAGAACCUUCUACAGUGGAAGGUGUUAGCAAAGAGACUGAACCUCUCAAUGAUACAGAUUAUAAUAAUUUCACCAAUAAUGACCUGAAAUCUAAGUCCAGUGUAGCACCAAAUCCUUUGUUGAAUCUUAGUCACAUGUCAUCAACUGUUUGGGAUGGCAUGCAUUUAUUAACGGAGUACCGUUCAACAGCUUCCGAUGUUACCGCGUAUCCCGAUGGAAUUAAUGCCAGCGAAACAAAAGAUCCACAAAAUGCGGAGACUUUACUUCUCAGCAAUGAGGAGGUAAUUUCAGAGCCUUCUAAAGAAACAGUACCUCAAGCGUGGGAAGAUGAGUAUAUAGUUGAAUACUCAUUGGAAUAUGGUCUUUUGAGGCUGGAUAGGAAAAGUCGAGAAAAGUUAAAGGUUCCUGUCAGGCUGGUGAUUUUGGAUCCAGACACUGACCAGUGUUUUGGAGACUCGGCCAGUAGGAUUAUAUUAGAUGAGUUCCUGGGAUACGACGAUUUACUGAUGGCCUCUGUAAAAGCAUUGGCAGAGAAGGAGAACAAUAAGGGCUAUCUUAGGAAUGUGGUGUCUGGAGAACAUUAUCGCUUUGUCAGUAUGUGGAUGGCAAGAACAUCAUAUGUUGCUGCCUUCUUUAUUAUGAUUGUAUUUACCGUCUCCGUGUCCAUGCUGCUGCGGUACUCGCAUCAUCAGAUAUUCGUGUUCAUCGUGGACCUCCUUCAGAUGCUCGAGCAAAACGUUUCUGUUAGUUUUCCGGCCGCCCCUUUGUUGACGGUCAUUUUGGCUUUAGUGGGGAUGGAAGCAAUUAUGUCUGAGUUCUUCAACGACACCACUACGGCUUUUUACAUCAUUUUAAUCGUGUGGUGUGCUGAUCAGUAUGACGCCGUGUGUUGUCAUACCGCUAUAACUAAACGACAUUGGUUAAGAUUUUUCUACCUCUACCACUUCACAUUUUAUGCAUACCACUACAGAUUUAAUGGACAAUACAGCAGUUUAGCCCUUGUAACUUCUUGGUUAUUUAUCCAGCAUUCUAUGGUGUACUUUUUCCAUCAUUACGAGCUCCCAGUGAUCCUACAGCAGGCCCACUUCCAGCGAUUCCUCAUCCACACCCAACAGACGCGGGCCAGAGCUCCGGCUCAGCCUCAGCAAGCACCUGCCAGAAGAACCCGGUUAACUCAAUUCUUCACCGCGGUGCGUCCCUCCGUGACCACCCAGACCUCCACUACGGUGAGUCAGGUGAGCACGUCCACUUCGACGGUCACCACCACCACCUCCACCGUGGGAACCACCGCCCAGCCGCCCACCUCCAUCCAAACGACCCAAACACACAUGACCACCAUGGAGUCGACCGAAUCUCAGACUUCGAACAGAGAGACGGUCGUGGCGGCCAGUCAGACCGGCGAUCCCCGUCAGCCGUCCGGUGCCUCCGACGCAUAGUUGUGUCCUCAGGAAUUUGACGUAAAGUUGCACCAUGAGAUCCAGUGGGUUGUACCAUUAUUGUUGCUUUAGAAUAAAUUGUGUAUAUAUAACAUAUUUUGAUUUUCCAUAGGUGGAUGUAGAAGAUUAUAAUAAAUCAUUAUUAAUAAAA